AUGCCGCCGCCCAGGUCCGUUUUCACAGCCCAUGAGCGCAAUGCUCUGAAAGAUCGAUGGGGCUCCCAGGCAACACGUCUAACACGCGACUCCUUCCUUCCGUUUGGUUCAUGCCAAUUAUGCCUUCUCCCCGCCGUGGACCCUGUGUGCUGUCCAGCAGGCGAUUUGUUCUGCAGGGAGUGUGCCAUGACGAACCUUCUGGCCCAGAGAAAGGAAAUGAAGCGACUCGAGAAACUUGCUGAGCAGCAGAAACUGGAAGAGGUGGACCAGCAAGAACGAGAAGACGAGCAAGCGCGGCUACGUGCAGUGCAAGAGUUCGAGGCUGUGCAGAUGGGCCUUGAGGUCAAGGUUGGCGCAGGAUCGAAGGUGAUUGGCCGAGAAGGUGGGAAAAUUUUGGUGGAGCAGAGUGAGACUACGGGGAGCAAGGGCACGAAGCGCAAGUUCGAGAUGGAUGAAGAAAAAUUGAAGCGUAUUGCAACCGAAGAGCGGACGAAAGCUAAGCGGACUCUUGAAGACGAACGCAAAGCAGCGAAAGGCUCACUACCAAGUUUUUGGGUCCCAGGAGAGACACCGGAGACUCACCACAAGGGCAUCAGCAAGGCGAAGCAGAACCCUACUUGCCCUUCAAGCGAUCCAGAAUAUCCACAUGGUCUCUCGCUCAAGACUCUGACGAGCGUCCAUUUCCACGAGGAGAAGUCGUCAGAGACCGGGAAGACUUUGCGCACGUGUGCCAGCUGUCAAAAAGCGCUGUCGAACAGCACAAAAGCUGUGCUUGCAAUACCGUGCGGGCAUGUUCUAUGUAAACCAUGCGUUCAAAAAUUCUUGAGGCCAGAGCAUCGACAUCAUAGGGAUGCACACGAGGAUGGGCCAGAUCCCGAGACCACACAUUGCUAUGUAUGUGAUGCGGACCUUACGACGGUGCCGGACACGACUGAAAAACAAAGUAAGAAGAAAAAAAAGGAAAAGGAGAAGGGGCCAAAGCCUGGAUUGGUGGAGAUUAGAAGUGAGGGGACGGGGUACGCGAGUGGGGGCAAAAGUCUGGUUAAGAGGGAAGGUGUUGCAUUUCAAGUCUGA